UUAUUUUCAGUUUGAAUUUGAUUGUCAACCUGAUAUGACCGUACCCCGUGUCUGUCUCACGGUAUUUUGCACAAUUUUUAUUCUAAACGACACAAGAAAUGGCAACCAUCAAUCAACGAUUAAAACAAAAAUCCAGCAAUGCUAAGACCUCUGAAUAUUUUGUCUUUCUACCGAACAAUUUGACUGAGAUCAGUUCUAUAUCAAGCAAUGAUAAUGAUCCGAAGUUUCGUGGCGCCAUUGCAGCAAAGAAUACGGGCAAUGCUUGUUUUGAAAAUGAUCGGUACGAAGAUGCCAUUCAGCACUACAAUAAGGCGAUUGACAUUCUUGAAGGAAUGGAUUCAAAGUCAGGUGUAGUUCUAUUGGGUGUUUGUUAUCAAAAUCGUGCCACAGCUUAUGCUACACAGAAAAAUUUUACGGCCGCAAUUCUGGAUGCUUCUAAGGCAGUUGAGUUAAACGAACACUAUUCGAAGGCUUAUUAUCGUCGAGCGAUGUGUUACUACGUUCAGAAGAGAUAUUAUCGGGCUCUACAAGACAUCAUGCAGGCUUGCGUGCUGGAACGCUUCAGAAAUAAGCUCUAUAUCAAUACGGCUGUAGAAAUCGUUGCCGAAAUUGAUAAGGAUCCUGAGUUCAUCCAGUGGAGGAGAGCGUAUGACGAAAUGGAUGCUGCAUCGUUAUUUUGCGAUUUAUGCUUGAAUCGGCAUAUGCGAUUCGUGAAAAACUGUGGCGUCUUUGAACCGAUAAGUGUGCCGGUCCCAGAUAAUCCGGACAACAAACCAUUAACCGGAUAUCUUCGCGCAAUGGCAGGCAUCAAGGAUUUAAACAUUACUGAGAUUAUGGCUGGCUGUGACGAGGAAAUUUUGUUAAAGGGAAAACACUUAGCACAAAGUUACAUUCUUCAAGCUUACAUGAGUUCGGUGGUGAUUCAGUCACCGGCUACUGUAAACGACGAUUUGCAACGAGAUAUGAAACGAAUGAAUGAUAUCAUUUCGGAUGUGACAAUUCCUGAAACUGUAAAAGAUCAAGCGAAAUUGUGUCGUGCCAAUCUCUACAACCGCAACGGUCGAUUCGUAGAGGCCGAUCGUGAUUUGAAAUCACUCGAAGACCAAUAUGGCAACACCGGUUUGUUCAAUGUGAUCAAAAGCUGUGCACUGUUUCAAUUCGCUGUGAAGGAUGACCGUUUCUUCAAGUCUCUGGAGAAAUGCGCUAACAUUCUUCCCGAUGUCUACGAUCUCCAAUUUCAAAUGGCGCGCGCAAAAUCAAAUUACAUUUCGGAUGAGCUCGCUUCAUUGGGUUUCAUGAUGCGCUCGUUGGAAUAUUUAAUCGAACGUUUUCCAUUGGAACUUACGCCUCGAGUUCUGUUGAUCGGCUUCUACAUCGAGCUGGACGUUAACAAGGCCAGUCGAAUGCUCAGACAAGUCAGGAAAGAUUUCCCGAAUCGCUUGGGAGACAUAAUUUCGUUGUAUGGCCAACUCCAGCCAACACAUCCGUCUUGUGUCGGUUAUUACAAACAAGCAAUUCGAGCCCAUAAGGACGAUCCGAAUUCCUUUGAGGGAUUGCUCGAAUACUUCGACACAACAACGUUUGAGUAUGCAAAGGCAAUUGAGGUGUGCACAAAGGCGAUGUUCAAUUUUUUGAAAGAAGACGAUUUCAAAAUAAUGUUUGAACGACGUCAACAAUUGCUGAAGAAAAUAAUUCAUUACAAAUUCUGGGAUAAAUUGUAAGCGGAGAGACAUGUCUGUGUUAUGUUUGACACAAAUGAUUGUCAUGUUUGUAUUUUGGUUUGACAAGAUAAGCAGAAUCUUUUAUGUAUGCCAGUAAUGUUACUUUUAAUUGAGUGAUUUUUUCUUGUAAACUGCAAAAAUGAAAUAAAUGUUCGAAUAAAAACGA